UGCUGAGGCUAUGUGACGUCACGCAGCAGUAGAGUUUGAACUGAGUCAAGAUGGCGGAAAACGGCGGACCGAGGAGUCGGCAUUUCUCAACGAUCAACCAUAAAUGCCACAACUUUGAUACAGAUAUGACUGGUGUGGAGGAUGUUCCAUUGUGCCGUCCAGUUCAGGAGUUGAGCUCUUUGGAGGAGUUCAGCCCUGAUACUAAUGGGGUGGCACAAUGUGCCAUCGAGGAGUUUGAACCCGAGGACGACCUGGUUCCAGAGGGGGCUCGACCCAUUCAAAUUGUGCUAGCUAGUGAGGAUGAUCAUAAGUUUGAGUUGGAUGAUGUUGCACUAGAAAAAAUCCUGAUGCAGGAACAUGUGAGGGAUCUUAAUGUGGUUGUGCUGUCUGUGGCCGGUGCCUUCCGCAAAGGCAAGUCAUUCCUACUGGACUUCAUGCUACGUUACAUGCACAACCAGUCAUCUGAGUCAUGGAUGGGAGGAGAUGAUGAGCCACUGACUGGUUUUUCCUGGAGAGGAGGCUGUGAGAGAGAGACCACAGGCAUCCAGGCCUGGAGUGAGGUGUUUGUUGUGAAAAAGGAAGAUGGAACUAAGGUGGCUGUGUUGUUAGUGGACACUCAGGGAGCCUUUGACAGUCAGUCUACCAUCAAGGACUGUGCCACUGUUUUUGCACUAAGCACCAUGACCAGCUCUGUGCAGGUUUAUAACCUUUCCCAAAAUAUCCAAGAAGAUGAUUUACAGCAUCUCCAGCUUUUCACAGAAUAUGGUCGACUUGCAAUGGAGGAGAUCUACGAAAAACCAUUUCAGAAACUACUGUUUUUGAUAAGAGACUGGUGUUACCCUUAUGAGCAUGAGUAUGGACUUGAGGGAGGGAAUCUCUUUUUGGAGAAGAGACUACAGGUGAAGCAGAAUCAACACGAGGAGAUGCAGAAUGUCAGGAAGCACAUCCACGCUUGUUUCUCCAGCAUUAGCUGCUUUCUUCUGCCACAUCCAGGUCUGAAGGUGGCCAUCAACCCUCACUUUGAUGGCAGACUUAAAGACAUUGACAGGGAUUUUAAGAAUGAGCUGCAAAAUCUAGUUCCCUUACUGCUGGCACCUGAAAACUUGGUAGAGAAGGAGAUCAAUGGAGCCAAAGUCACAUGCAGAGACUUGCUGGAGUACUUCAAGGCAUACAUCAAAAUCUAUCAAGGUGAGGAGCUUCCACAUCCUAAAUCCAUGCUACAGGCAACCGCUGAAGCGAACAACCUGACAGCUGUCGCUGGAGCAAAAGACACCUAUAGCAAAACCAUGGAGCAGAUAUGUGGAGGAGACAAACCGUACAUCGCCCCAGUUGACCUCCAGCGCUAUCACGACGAGUUUAAGAAGACCUCUGUUCAACAGUUUUGUGCCGUGAAGAAAAUGGGUGGCAUAGAGUUCUGUCAGCGCUACCAGCAGCAGUUAGAGACAGAGCUGGAUGAAGUGUACACCAAUUUUGUGAAAAACAAUGAAAGCAAGAACAUUUUCUAUGCAGCGAGAACGCCAGCCACACUGUUUGCAGUCAUGUUUGUUACCUACAUGGUCUCCACGAUAACAGGCAUCAUUGGCUUAACAGCGAUCGCGGCUCUGGCGAGUCUCGUGAUGGGGGUGACGCUGCUCGCAUUGUGUGCCUGGGCGUAUGUCAGAUACUCGGGGGAGUAUAGAGAAGUGGGUGUGGCUAUAGACCUUACAGCAGAGGCCUUGUGGGAACAGGUGCUGAAGCCACUUACUGAGCAAUACAUGGAAGAAAAUGUCAGACAGACUGUUGUGAACUCUAUAAGAGCCACUCUAACUGAUCAGGUGAAACAAACUGCAAAGUUGAAGACCAACUGAGAGUUUGCUGUGCCUGCUCUGUCCAUUGUGUGAACAAUCAGUGCUUUUAUCUUGUGUACAUUUUAUUUGUGAUGUUUGGUCAUUUAGACUGGUGAUUCUAAACAAAGUUUACAGCAGCAUUUACCCUGACAAAUUAUACACACAAACACGCAAGAACAUUAACUUGAAUCGAAAAUUUCAAUGCAUUUGUAAAGUUAUUAGGUUAACAUGCAUGUUUGGAUUUUUCUUGGUUGAAAGGUUAUUCUGGCAAGCACACUUUUAUCAGUCAAUUUGAACACAAGAUCUUUAAUCCCUUAAUUGCAUAAUGGUUCAGUUACAGCUUUUUAAAGUGCACCAUCCAUAACCUUUAUUCCAUAUUACACAUUUUUGGGAGAUUUGCCUUCUACCACAGUUACCACAAUCAGUUUUUGCAGGAUUUCUUGUGACAUACUUUUAGAGCCAUUUAGGAAUGCUGAAGUUGUAAAUCCAUCCAAAACACCCCUUUAGCGGGCCUCAUUCUGUACAGUGUAGUUUUAGAUUGUAUCAUAGUCUCAUGCAUGUAAAUGAGUGCACAAAUAUCACUGUGUAGAACAUAAGGGGUAUAAUUUACAGUCAAAUGUUUUGAAAUGAAUAUGAAUGUGACAUUCUACUUGCCUUUAUCAUUUGUUGUACUUAUCCAGGAGCACCUUUCAUUGUGCACAUCUUUGUGAUGCAUGGGAGUGCUCAUGGCAUAACUUUUGUCUUUUCAGGUUAUGUCAUGUAAUUUAUUUUUUAAAUGAUUAAAAUAUUAAA